AUGACGACACUGCUGGACCUGAAGAGUAGUGUGCUGAGGCAGGUGCAGAGGAGCCAGUCGCUGAGGAGUCGACGGGAGCCGCCUCCCACCGCCAGCAGCCCCCUCACGCACUGUCCCGAGCCCUUACCUCGCAGGAUUUCAGAGGCGAGUGUGGAGUUCUUUGAGCGUAUGAAUGCCAUCCUGCAGAAGCAGGAGAACAUGAUGCGGGCAGCCCAGGCUGAGUGCCAGAGAGGGGCCUGCACAGUGCCGCCGCCCCAGGAGCACGUGGACCAGGCCUUUAUCCCUGACAGAAUCAGCAGGACAGAGCUGGACCUGCUUUAUGAAGAAGCUGUGUACACGGUGGUCAACAGGGUCGGAGUGCCUUCACCAGAACAUGUGAAAAGUGAUGAUGAGCUGUUUGCUUACCUGCGAAAGGUGUUUGACAUGGGCGAGGAGGAACAUGACAUCAUUCUCCAAAAAGUUCAAGAGUCCAAGCGAGCCAGUUUCUCCUUGAGAGUUUCUGUCAUGAAAGCAAAGAAUCUGAUGGCCAAGGAUGCAAAUGGGUAUAGCGACCCCUACUGCAUGCUGGGAAUCCUGGUGGGCCAGAGUCCUCGGGAAACGGAGGAGAAGAAGGAGAGAAAGUUCAGCUUCAGGAAGAGGAGGGAGAAGCUGGAGAAACGCUCCAGCACCAAGGAGGUGUUGCCCGCCAGGUGCAUCCAGGUGACCGAGGUCAAACCGGAGACUCUCAACCCGGUGUGGGACGAGCAGUUUGUGUUUGAAAUAGAUGAUGUUCACAAUGACCUCCUGCAUCUGGACAUAUGGGACCAUGAUGAUGACGUGUCUGUUGCAGAGGCCUGCAAAAAGCUAAAUGAAGUCAGCGGUCUUCGUGGAAUGGGCAGGUAUUUCAAGCAGAUAGCAAAGUCAGUGCGCUCCAAUGGAUCUGCUUCAUCAGGCUCCGAGGAGAACGCAGACGACUUCCUCGGCUGCAUCAACAUCUCUUUGAAUGAGAUCCCUGUUGUCGGCUACGACACCUGGUUUAAGCUGGAGCCUCGAUCGAGUGCGUCUAAAGUUCAGGGAGAAUGUCACCUGCUUCUGAAGCUCUUCACCAGCCAGAGAGACACAACUUUGUCUAAGAAGGACACAAACGUCUCUAUUCACAAGAAACUGCUGAGUCAGAUUGUGGAGUAUGAGCACACUCAUGUGAAGAGAGAGCCGUAUAACUGGAACGGACAGGUUUCUCCUCCAGCGUGGACUGUUCUAACUCACCAUGCUGUGCAAACUGAUCUCUCACCUCUCCAGCAGGCUAUUAUCCGCUGGCAGUGCUACAGCAGCCACCACCGGACCCAGAGGGUGUGCUACUCCCUGCUGCUGCGCCUCCUGAGGACCAUCGAUGCAGAGUGGGACCCUCCCGCUGUGCGCGGAGACCUGGAGAGGCAGCUGUCAGACAGCUUCAGGCUGUACACAGAGCACUGCCUGUGCCUGAUGAAGAACAUGCGUCAGGUUUUCCCCUGCACCAGCGCUGCUGCCAUUACACGCUACGAGCUCAUGCUGAGGGGGAUUGGCUACAUGCAAAACAUGCGGGCAUUUAAGACUGUAUGUCCUCUUCGCAAUGAGCUGCAUUUGGACAUCACCACUGCUGUCAAGAAAGGAACGGCUGAGUGGUAUGAGAGCUUAAUUGCGCAAUAUAAACCAGAAGACGGGACUCUGGAGGAGCAGCUGAAGAAGCUGGUUCAGGUGAUCGAUGCUGUGUGCGCAGACGUCCAGAGAGCACAGAACAUCUACAACAAACUCUUCUACAGUGCAGUGAAAGUCGAUUUCUUCAGCAUAUCAUACAGGCAGCUGGAAAAGCAGGCAGCUGAUGAUGUGAAUGUGGCGAUGGAGCGGGUGUGCGGGACUCUGGAGCAGGAGAGCUCCAGACUGACUCAGACGAUGGGAGAAACCAUCUUCGAGCUCUUCAUGUCCUUGAAAAUCCUCAAAGGCUUCCGAGAGUUUCUUCCCCUCAAGGAUGCUAAGAUGCUGGCCUUGACGGGCUUUCAUAACUGGUUCAAGUCCUCGAUUCAUAAGUGGCUGCAGAUCGUUCAUGACAGAUCCUGCGACAGGAUCCGUAAAGCGGUGGAAACGGACAAGCUUGAGCCUCUGCAGCAAGCUAAACACAGCUCAUCAGCCGUGGAAGUGACGGCUUGCUUCAGCCAGGUACGCGAGAUCUGGCUCCAGCUGGCCUGGCCAGACUCUGCGGGGGCCUUCAUCUUUGUCACUCGUUUGACAGACAAUUUCUGCAGCGAGGCCGUGUGCUACUCGGAAAUGAUAACACGCAAGAUUGAGAGGAACCAGCUGGGCCGAGACCACAAGAGCUUCACAGUGCAGCUCUGCAUCGCCCUGAACAACGCCGAGCAUGUGCGUGUUUUCCUGGGUCACCUGCCUCGCGACCUGGACUGGCAAGGUGUGGAGCGGGCCAUGGAGGAGUCCUGCGGGGCGGAGGGGAAGGAGCAGGUUUACAAGGCCCUCAACGGACAGCUGUUCAACAUGGACCUGGACCUGCAGAGAGAAGCCAAACACCUCAUCACAGUGCUCACUGACAAGAUGUUGCCUGAGCUGCGGAGGUACAUCCAGCACAUCAGCCUGUCGCCAGACUCCAUCAACAACGACGACGCCGUGUCCCCUCUCAUGAAGUACCUACAAGACACUAUGGUCAUCCUCACUGAAAACCUUGUAAAGGAAAAUCUGAGCAGAGUUCUCCAGAGUAUGUGGGAGCUGCUCCUUCGAAUGAUCCUGGACGCAGUCACAGAAAACAGAGGCGUUCAGGUGGAGUUUUACAACCGCUUCCAGUACACAGUAGAGACGCUGUUGCACUUCUUCCAUGCUAAGGGAGAGGGUCUUUCCAUGGAAGACAUGAAGAGCGGAGACUACAAGGUCUUGGAUGAGGAGCUCAGGCUGAAUAAAUGUUCCUCCUUUGAGCUGAUUGAACAGUACUAUCUGGAGAAGAUUUCCCACCAGAAAACACUCAAACACACCCGUUAUGGUCGCAUCAGUGUGAAAUGCUAUUAUGAUGCUCCAGAGCAGAGACUGACGGUGGAAAUUCUACACGCCGCUGAUAUCAUUGCACUGGAUGCUAACGGCCUGAGUGACCCAUUCGUCAUCGUGGAGCUCUGUCCUCAUCACCUCUUUCCUAUGGCCAAGAGUCAACGCACACAAGUGAAACUUAAGACACUGCACCCAGUAUUCGAUGAGCUCUUUUAUUUCCAUGUCAGUCCUGAACAGUACAGACACAGGUUUGCCUGUUUGACCUUCACUGUGAUGGACUAUGACUGGCUGUCCACCAACGACUUCGCCGGCGAAGCCGUCGCUCCUCUCAGCGACUUCUGCUGGCCAGGGAGACCAAAUGCUACACCGGCUGGGAAGAGCGUCCAGCCUGUCAUUCUGCACCUGUCUCGCAGUAAACCCAGUGAGAAGCCAAUCAUGAGGAUGCUGGACGCUCGCAUUGGAGACAGGGAGGCUCAGGAGUUUGUCCGCAGGCUGAAGGAGAUUGAGAAGUCAAUGGAAGAGGAGUAA